CAUAAGCCAAAGUUUCUGAUUAUUUGGCAGCCCAGUCACCAAGGACGAUGUUUGCAGUUUCUUGAAACCAGGGACAAGUCUCAUCUCAACGCCUGUCUUCGGCUGAGGGCAGACUGCGUGAGAGCAUCCUUCCUCCUCAGUAGGUGCCGGCCAGCAUCUACACACUGCUGCAGGCUCUGCUGCUGCAGCGCAGCGCACCGGAGCGGAGCUGGAGAAGAGAGGAGAGGAGAGGAGGAGGAGGAGGUGGAAGGACGGAACGCGGAGAGUACACUCUGCAGAAUCCCGUCGCUUAAACAUGUCUCUGGGGAGUAAAAGACUCGGUGGGAUUAUUGCACUCAUCGCCUCAGCGCUUCUCGGGUCUUGUGGGGCAGAUGGAGAAGAGGUAUGCGACAACCCGCUGGUUUCCAGUCUGCCACCAUCUUCCUUUAGAAGCUCCUCUCAGCUGUCCAGCAGUCAUGGACCAGGAUUUGCAAAAGUCAACAGGAGAGAAGGAGCUGGGGGCUGGUCUCCUCUGCACUCGGACAAAUACCAGUGGUUGGAGGUUGAUCUGGGAAGGCGAACACAAAUCACCGCUGUUGCCACGCAGGGUCGCUAUGGCAGCUCUGACUGGCUGAUGGCCUACCUGUUGAUGUUCAGUGACACAGGACACAACUGGAGACAACACCGACAGGAAGACAGCUUAGGGGCUUUCCCUGGUAACACUAACGCCGACACCGUGGUCCAGUACAAACUGGAGCAGCCAGUGAUUACUCGCUACCUUCGUCUGAUCCCGCUCGACUGGAACCCCGCUGGGAGAAUUGGACUCAGGCUGGAAAUUUAUGGCUGUGGAUAUUCUUCUGAUGUGACAAGUUUUGACGGCAACAGCAGCUUGGUCUUCAGACUGAGCGCCAGGCCGAGCAGGACAGCGAUGGAGAUCAUUGCUCUAAAGUUUAAAACUCUGAAGAAUUCAGGGACGCUGCUGCAUGCAGAGGGACAGAGAGACCACAGCCUCAACCUGGUGCUGGAGAAAGGAAAGCUGCUGCUCUACCACCAGCAAGGUGUGAGUUCCCUCUCUGGUGGUCAGCUUCUUGUUUCUCUGGGUAGCUUGCUGGAUGACCAGCACUGGCACCAUGUAAAGCUGGAGCGGCUUAGCACUCACCUCAACCUCACUGUGGAUAAAAACACCCAGCAGGUUCACGUACCAGCUGAGCUGAGCCACUGGCACGUCCACACGCUGAGUGUGGCAGCUGUCCAGAGCCACGGACUACAGAAACCCAUCCUCCCCAACAGGAACUUUCACGGCUGCCUCGAAAACCUGAUUUAUAAUGAUCUUAACCUGAUAGACCUGGCCAAGCGGAGCAGUACACAGGUCAUUGUAGUGGGCAAUGUGACCUUUUCUUGUUCCGAGCCAGUUUCAGUUGCUGUGACAUUCACUGACUCCAGCAGCUUCCUCCAGCUGCCUGGACUGACAUCAGAGUCAUCGGGGAUUGUUUCUAUAACACUACAGUUCAGGACAUGGAACAGGGCAGGCCUGCUCCUGACCUUUUUCCAAAUUCAGCAAGAAAGCUCGGUCUUCCUGUACCUAAGUGAGGCCCGGCUUCGCCUUCAGAUCAAUAAAGCUGGCAGGACACUCCUGGAGCUCAGCGCUGGUUCAGGUCUGAACGAUGGUCAGUGGCAUUCUGUGGAGCUGACAUCCAAACAAGAUCAUCUGGGCAUCACUGUAGACAAGGACGAAGGAGCCACAGCACACACCAGCAUCCCACUUCCUCUGACCUCAGACAGCCAGCUCUUCUUUGGUGGUUGUCCUGCUCAGGGAAGCAGUCUGGAGUGUAGGAACCCCUUCCGAGGCUUUCAGGGCUGUUUGCGUCUGUUGACUCUGGACGGCCAUGCGGUUGAUCUGAUCAAAGUGCAGCAAAGACUGCUGGGAAACUACAGCCACCUGCAGAUUGAUAUGUGUGGCAUUAUUGACAGGUGUUCCCCCAGUCACUGUGAACAUGGAGGUAAAUGUACUCAGUCAUGGAGCACCUUCCAUUGUAACUGCUCCAGCAGCGGCUACAGAGGAGCCACCUGCCACAGCUCAACGUAUGAACAAUCGUGUGAGAUAUAUAAACAUAAAGGCAACACAUCGGGACAUUAUUACAUAGACGUGGAUGGCAGCGGACCAGUUAAACCCCAGUUGGUCUAUUGUAACGUCACAGAGGACGAGACUUGGGUGGUUAUUCAUCACAAUAACACAGACAUGACAAGAAUUCAGUCCUCGGAUGAGAGAAAUCAACACUUUACCCACUUUAACUACUCUUCUGAAGAGGAGCAGCUGGCGGCCAUCAUCAGUCAGUCAGAGCACUGUGAGCAGGAGCUAUCCUACCACUGCAGGAGGUCCCGCCUUUUCAACACCCUCGAUGGUACUCCGUUCAGCUGGUGGGUGGGAGGCCCAGGUCCAGGUCAGGUCCAGACCCACUGGGGUGGCGCUCUGCCUGGCAGCCGGCAGUGUUGGUGCAGUCUGCAGGACAAAUGUCUAGACUCCAGUUACUACUGCAACUGUGAUGCUGACUACGACCAAUGGACCAAUGACUCGGGCCUGAUCACCCAUAAGGAGACCCUCCCAGUCCGGUCUCUGGUGCUGGGUGACAUCCAUCGGCCAGGGUCAGAAGCUGCCUACAGGGUGGGACCACUGCGUUGUCAUGGAGACAAAAACUUUUGGAAUGCCGCAUUUUUUGAUAGGAAGACAUCCUACCUUCACUUCCCCACCUUUCAUGGAGAGCUGAAUGCUGACAUCGCUUUUCUGUUUAAAACAACAUUCUCUUCUGGGGUCUUUCUGGAAAAUCUGGGCAUCAAGGACUUCAUACGGAUCGAGCUGAGCUCUUCCACAGAGAUCGUCUUCUCCUUCGACGUGGGAAACGGACCUCUGGAGGUUCGCGUGAAGACGGGCCUCCCAAUGAAUGACAACCGUUGGCACAGUGUGCGAGCUGAGCGAAACGUGAAAGAGGCAUCACUCCGUGUCGACGGUUUCCCUACCGCCACACAGGAAGCGCCGGCCGACGGACUCAUCCAUCUGCAGCUAAACAGCCAGUUAUUCAUAGGAGGCACUGCGUCCAGACAGAGAGGCUUUCUGGGUUGCAUCCGUUCUCUGCAGCUGAAUGGCGUCACUCUGGACCUGGAGGAGAGGGCAAAGAUCACUCCAGGAGUUCGACCUGGAUGCCCGGGCCACUGCAGCAGCUACGGUGGGCUCUGCCAGAACCAAGGACACUGUAUGGAAAAAAACAACGGGUUCUCAUGUGACUGCAGCCAGUCUGCCUUCACCGGAGCCUUCUGUCAUGAAGAGGUUUCAGCUGCCUUUAAGUCAACAACAUCCAUCACCUAUAUCCUCAAGGAGCCAAAUGAGCUGAGCGGGAAAAAACCUGGCACCCUACCCCCAUCUAUCCAUUCAGAUAUCACGCUGAGAGGAGAAAACAUCUCCCUGAGCUUCAGGACCAGUCAGACUCCUGCUCUGCUGCUCUACGUCAGCUCUUUCUACAAAGAGUACCUGAUGCUGCUCAUCAAUGAACGUGGUGAGCUGGAACUCAGGUACAAGUUGCACAGCAGCAGGGAUGUAGAGGUGUUCAGCAGCAGAGUCAUGAACUUAGCUGACAGGUGUCUGCACGCGGUUAUUAUCAGACGACAGGCAGAGGCCGUGUCUGUGCAGAUUGACCAGAAUCCAAGAGAGGACUUUAACCUGACAUCUGAUGUGGAGUUCAACAGCAUCACAUCAGUCAUCCUGGGCAGAUUGCAGGAGACUGACGGAGUCGACGCAGAGUCGGCCUCUCUCGGGUUCACCGGCUGCCUGUCAGGCGUUCAGUUUAACUCCAUCAGUCCUCUUAAAGCUGCUCUGCUCCACGGUGACAGCCGUGUCGUUGUCACUGGCCUGCUGGUAGAAUCAAGCUGCGUUUCCUCCUCUCUGGCUGAUCCCUACGCAGCGGAAACCACACACUCCUUAUCAGAUCAGCCUGGCUCAGGAGAUCCGGGUCAGCCUUUAGUCAAUGCCAUCAGGAGCGACUCGGCUCUAAUUGGAGGUGUGAUUGCGGUGGUGAUUUUUCUCACGGUGGCUGCAUUAGCGAUCAUGGCCAAAUUCAUCUGCAGCAGGAAAGAGACGUAUCGGGACCGGGAAGUAAAAGCUGCACAGCCCGAAGAUUUCAACGAGUUCCCAUUCAGCAGCCAAGCGGACUCUCUGAGCAUUCCCAGUGAAAACCAAAAGGAGUUUUUUAUUUAAGAGCAGACCUGUCUCACCUGACAGGACAGAAUCGGUGCUGCUGACUUGACUUUUUCUGUUUGUUUUGUUUGGAAAUAUUGCAGAGUUUGUGAAAAGAACUGGCAAAUUUGUUGGACUCCGUCCCCCUAAAUGGAAGUCAGUGAAGCGUUUAUUUUCAUGUAAAUAGUUAAAAUGUACAGCAGAUGGUAUUUUGUGUGCUUAUGAUUACAUUUCUCUGGCACUCGGAAAUAUUCAAAUCUACUAGAGACGAUGGAGGAUAGACACGACCAUUAAAACAGAAACUUUUGUGCUUGAUUUAUAAGAAGCACUUUUCUAUGAGGAAAAUGAACCUUUGAAAUCUGAAAUUUGAGACAUCAGAGCUAUGAAAACACAUCACUUUACUAGAGUCACUUCAGUCCCAGAAUGAUAUAAAAUCCAUUUCCUUGUAGUGAAAAUGAUUCCAGCACCUGCUGUAUAUAUGAAUACUAUGUUAAAACCUCUAAAAGUUCGCCUCUACACUUUGUCACUGAGUUAGUCGGAUACCUUUUAUGCUACGUACUGUGGUUUUUCUCUA